GGCAUGAAGCGCUGACACAUAAAUAUUUGCGGCGGCCCUAAUCCUGCUGCCCUUGUGUCGGCAAAUCUCCCGCGGAUGACGGGGAGAGCUGGGCUGGCGCUCGGGCGGCUGGGUCUGUCUGCAGACCAGAUGCCGGGCUUGCAGCUGCCCCUCCUCCAGCUUACGCUGGUCCCUGUAGUACACAGCGAGCAGGAAAAAGCCGAGUUUUUAUGAAAUGGUCGUCGGCUUUGCGUUUGGGAUUCUGCCUGGGUAGAGAGGUGUUGUUGCGAAUUGCAGGUGUCACAGAUAAUUCUUAUCUUCAUCAGCCCAAGGGUCAUCAAGGAUAUGAAUUCUGCUCUUUUUAUCUAAAUGGAUGAAAAGAUUAACAGCCCAGACUGGGAGCUCCUUUGGUUUUCAAGAUGGCAGCAACUAGUGGUGAAAGCCAGCUACAGCGGAUUAUCAGGGACUUGCAAGAUGCUGUGACUGAAUUAAGCAAAGAAUUUAAAGAAGGAGGGGAACCGAUCACAGAUGACAGUGUCAGCUUGCAAAAAUUCUCCUACAAGCUUGAGUACCUUUUACAGUUUGAUCAGAAAGAAAAAAACACAUUGCUGGGAAAUAGAAAAGACUACUGGGAUUAUUUCUGUGACUGUCUGGCAAAGGUCAAAGGAGCUAAUGAUGGAAUCCGCUUUGUUAAGUCUAUUACAGAACUACGAACAUCUCUUGGGAAAGGAAGAGCGUUUCUUCGUUACUCCUUGGUUCACCAAAGACUAGCAGACACCUUGCAGCAGUGUUUUAUGAACACCAAAGUGACGAGUGACUGGUACUACGCGAGAAGUCCAUUUCUGAAUUCCAAAAUGAGUUCUGACAUUGUGGGUUAUCUCUAUGAGCUCACUGACGUUCAGUUUGACCUGGCAUCAAGAGGCUAUGAUUUAGAUGCUGCGUGGCCAACAUUCGCCAGGAGAACACUAUCCUCCCUUGGAUCUUCAGCUUAUUUAUGGAAGCCCCCAAGUCGCAGUUCCAGCAUGAGCAGUUUAGUGAGCAACUAUUUGCAGGCCCAAGAGUUUCCCUCCAGCCCUGAUGCAAAUAACUCGCUAAAUGUUGAACACAUUGAGGGCUUUGAAGAGAUGCGUGUAGAACUUGACCAGGCUGAGCUGAGACAGAGAGAGCUUCAGGAUCGAAUUCACCAGCUACAGAUGGAAAACCAGGAGCUGCAGGCAGCCAUCAGCCUUCAGAAAGCGCAAGCACAGGUAGAAAAGGAGAAGAGUAGUAACUACAGCGAGGAGAACUCCCGGCUGACAAAGAUGAUCACAGAGUUACAGAAGCAGUGUGAGGUCUCCCAUUCCACUCAGAGCACUGUUCACGAUCUGCAGAAGUGCCUGCAGUCCCUGGAACUGAAUGCAGUGGAGCAACAGAAAGAGUACUCAACAAAGCUGGAGCAGCUGGAGACCAGCAAGGAGAACUGUGCCUCAAAGCUGCAGUUGUUGAAUCAGGAGCUGGAGGCCUCUAGGGCUUUGGUCACUAUGAAGGAUCUUUGCAUUGAUGAACUUAAGGCCAAGCUGAGUUCAACGAAACAGAAGAACAUGGAGCUCCUGGCAAAAGUUGAUGCCGCCUUGGAGGAGAAAGGACAGCAAGCCACAGCCCACUGUGACUCUGCCAUACAGAUACAAGGACUGUUGGAGAAGCUUCAGGAGAAAGAAAAGGAAAAGGCAGACAUGCAAAAACUCAAUGACGAACAUGCAUCUCAGCUAAAAGCAGCAAGAGAGGAGCUACGGUUGAAAGAAGAGGUGCAGAAGGAACUGGAAUCCAGAUACAAUCGCCUCACUGCUGACUCUAGGGAAGAGAGCGAAAAGCUGCUUGGGAGCCUGGAAACCAUGGCAAAGGAAAUGGAAGCGCUUCAGAAGGCCCUGACCCUGAAAGGGAAGGAGGUGGCUGAUCUCCAGACCCAGGUAAUGGGGUCGCUGGCUCAGGUGGGGUCACUGGAAAAAAAUCUUGAGGAGGCAAGGAAAGAAAAAGAGAAACUUGAGGAGGAGUGCAGUAGGAGGGAAGGAGCACUGAAGCACAAAGCCCACUCUCUGGCAGAGCAACUUGAACUACAGGAAGGUCACUUAACAAAGGUGAGUCACACUGUGCAUAGCCUUGAGGAACAAAAACAGAAAAUCUCAUCUGAAAAAGAGCACCUCAGCCAGAAAGUCAAGCAGCUGGAGGAGCAGUUGGAGCAGCAAAACUCUGCAGUGAGUGAAAAGGAUGAGGAGAAUCAGAAGCUGAAAUCAGAGAAUGCAGAUUUGCAGCAGGCCAAGAAAAAGAUGGAAGAGAAGUUGAAAAAUGUGGAAGAGUCCAAAGCCUCCCUGGAAGCAGAGGUGGCCAGGCUGAGAGCCUCUGAGAAACAGCUUCAGAGUGAGAUAGAUGAUGCCUUGGUGUCAGUCGAUGAAAAAGAGAAGAAGCUCAGGGGCCAGAACAAACAGCUGGAUGAAGACUUGCAGAAUGCCAGGAGGCAAAGCCAAAUUCUGGAGGAUAGGUUAGACGCUCUGCACUCAGACUACAAAGAACUGAAGCAAAGAGAAGAGGCAACCAAGGAGUCUUGUGCUCUUCUUGAAGGACAGCUGAAGAGAGCCAAACAGGAUUGUUUACAAAUGGAAAAGAGCUUGGGCUCCUUGAAAGAAAGCGAAGAGUCUCUCCGAUCGCAGCUCACAGAGAAGGAGGCAGAACUGCAAGGCAUGGAGAAUCAGUACAAGCAACUAAGAGCAGAAGCUGAAAGACAUAGGAAGAAAGCAGAGAUUCUUGAGGUGGAAAAGCUUAGCAUGGAAAAGACAUGUCUUCACCAGACAAAGCUGAUUGAAUCCCUCACAGCAGAGAAGAAAUCAGUGGAAAAACACCAACUACAGCAGACAGCUUUUCUGGAGAAGGAGGCAAAAGAGCUGGCCUCCAGGCUGAUUGUGAGUGAAGAGCAGCUGCAGGUCAACCGAGGAGAAGUGUCUAGGCUGCAGGCAGAAGUCCUUGACCUGCGAGUCAAGCUUCAACAGACCACUGUUGAGAGAGAGCAGAUGAGAGGUGAGCUGGCAGUCACAGAGACUGUCUUGGGGGAGCAGAAAGUGCAUGUCCAGCAACUGAAGGAGGAGAGUGAGUCGCUCAACAGAAACCACAUGCAAGAACUGAUGCAGUAUAAAGAGAGAGAAGAAGUGCUGAAAAAAGAGCAGGAGAGGGUGGCCCAUCAAAAAGCUGAGCUGGAAAAUAAUUUGCUGAACCUGAAGGAAGAGCUAUCCAAGGUUAAGCAGUACUUGGAAGCUGUUAAAAUGGAAAAUGAAGAAAACAAAGAUCUCCUCCACAGGACCAACACUGAUAUGGCUGAACUGGGUAUUCAGAUUUGUGCCGUGACCUCUGAAAAGGUAAAUACAGAAGAGAAGUUAGCCAAGGCCACAGGGAGGCUCAAAGAACUGGAAGAACGGACUGCGGAGGAACAGGAGAGGCUGAAGCUUGACAUCUCUGCUCUCAGGCAGGAGAACAAGAGCCUGCAAGAAAAAUUGGAGGAAGCUCAAGUAUGUGCCGCGGCUGUCCCGAGUCUGCAAAUGCAGCUGGAGACAGCAAAGAAACAGGCACAGAGCUUCCAAGAGACCAGCCAAGAAGAGCUGUCCGCAAUAAAAUUUCAAAUGAGCACAGAGAUUCUAAAUUAUCAGACAAAAUACAAGGCUGUCAGUGAGGAGUGCAGGAAAGUACAAGAGCAACUUGAGGAGCAGAAGCGACAACGGUGUGCUGCAGAGGAAGAGAUUGCAGAGUUACAAGCUGCAAACACAAGUUUGUCUAGCAAGCUGGAUGAAGCAAGAGAGCAGCUGGCUGAAUCUGAAUCUGCUCGGCUGCAGAAGGAAGAAGAGGUGAUGUCUCUGAAAGGACUUUUAGAAAGGACCCAAAAGGAAGCUGAUGAAGCAAAAGAGCAAGCCCUCGAAUACGGUGAGAAGCUCGGCAAGGUGGUAGCAGAAAAAGAUAGCAGCGACCAGAAGUUGUUUGCCGAGCUGGAUGACCUGACGAGAACAAAACAGUUCCUUGAAGAACGUUUGAUAGAACUUAUCAGAGAUAAGGAUGCCCUGUGGCAAAAAUCAGAUGCUCUCGAGUUCCAGCAGAAGCUUAGUGCAGAGCAGAAGUGGCAGGGAGACACAGAGAUUAACCAUUGCCUGGACUGCCAGAGAGAGUUUUCGUGGAUGGUGCGCCGACACCACUGCAGAAUGUGUGGUCGCGUUUUCUGCUAUUACUGCUGCAACAACUACAUGGUGACAAAGCAUGCCGGGAAGAAGGAGCGUUGCUGCAGAGCUUGCUUUAAUAAGCCCAGAGUGGUUGUGGACUAUACAGAUGACUCUGGGUCCAGUGCCAACCGGGAAGGAUCACCAGCUUCAUUGGAAUCGCCAGUGUCACCAACAGAGAUGGCUUUUGUUGCAAGUGAAGCCUCUAAACCACCAGAUGAUGCAGUGUUUGAUAUAAUCACCGAUGAGGAGUUGUGCCAAGUACAGGAAUCAGACUCGCUCCACAAUGAAAGUCAGAUGGAGGGAGAGUCUCUGGAUCAAAGUGUGACAGAUCUGAACAGCACAUGUAAUUCUUCAACCUUUGAUGAAUCAGAAGAGUGGCAAGUUGCUCAAGAUGCUGAGAUAUGCUUGUUGAAAUCAGGAGAAAUCAUGAUGAAAUUGCCCCUUACAGUGGAAGACAUCCUAAAUUUUGGGGAAGGCAACAGAGAGCUGUUCAUUAAAUCCAGCACUUACAGUAUCAUUCCCAUCACUGUGACAGAGACAGGCCUAACAAUUAGCUGGAUAUUUUCAUCAGACCCUAAAAGCAUAUCCUUCAGUGUUGUUUAUCAAGAAUCAGAAGAAGCACCACUGGAUCACUGCAAAGUUCUUAUUCCUAUGACUCGCUGCAGUUCACAUAAGGAAACUAUCAGAGGCCAGGUGAAAGUCAGAAAUUCUGGCAUCUACAUGCUAAUAUUUGACAACACAUUUUCUAGAUUUAUCUCAAAAAGAGUAUUUUAUCACUUGGCUGUCGAGCGACCUGUCAUCUAUGAUGGAAGUGAUUUUCCAUAGCCUUGAAUAUACUGUGUUAUUUUUAAUUCAAUUUUUAAGAAAUGCUAUUAUUUAUGUAUAUGCAAGCAAUAUGACUACCACUGUGUUUGAAGACUUUGAAACUAUGCAAUAAUUAUAAUGCGCUUAGAGAACAUGUACACACUAGGAAAAAGAAGCCGUUUUAGGAACACUAAUGGUUCUGUACUGUGUACAGAUUGCUCAAAAGCCAUGUUGCUUGAUUUAACAGGUCAAAUAAUGUUCCAAUUAAAUUUUUAUUCGGUGGGGAGAAAAAUAAAUGAGGGGCUGUCUAAAUGGAAACUCAAAUUCUCUACUCAAAACUGAAUGACUUUUCUUCCCCUCAAAAAACUUCAGAAGGAAAUUUAAAGAAAAGUGCUUAUUUUAGUUGACCUCUUCAGUGGAGAGUAGACAUACCUAUUUCUGUUCUGCUCUACUGCUCGUAGUGUCAGAACAACUAUGCAAUACUUCAGUCUUUGCAGGCAUAUAUUGUAAUCCAUCUAGAAUUUUUUUGUCUUUUUCAAGUUUUCUAAACAGCAAAUAUAGGGGUUUUUUACAUUUUCGGCUAAGAUUUCGUAUGUCUUAACUGGCUUUUACCAAUGCUCUACUGUUCAAUACCAAUUACAAAACAAUAAAACAUGAAGCACCAACUCCUUGCACUGCUGCUCACCAUACUCUGUAAGUUGAUCCAUUGAAAUCAGCACUUAAAGUGAAUACCAGUGGCAGAAUCAGGAGUAUAAUUUGCAGCAUAAAGUACCACUCACUGUGUGAUAUUAGGAAGAGGAGCAUUUCUUUUUCCUGCUUUAGCACCUUAAUCAUCGGCAUUCACAGGAAAGCACAGUCUCUAAGGAGGUCUUCCUCUAGACCAAGUGGAAGGUAGCAGUAACGUUUGAAACAGUCUCAAAAAGUCCAUCCAAAACUGAGUGCAUAUCCAGCCCUAAUAAGCUCUCCAUCCUGUAUCAGUGUAUUUUGCCCAUUUCUUAAGCCUUGUUUUCAUCUCUGCUUCUCAGUAUUUGCUGGGCCAUAGCAAACUGCUAGCUUCCCAUCUCAAAUCUGGGGACAGAGCUGGCUGUAAACAUAUUGCCAUUUGAGGGAAGGAAGACUGGAUUUCUAUUUAUAUAACGUUUCCAUGCAAACUGUCUGCUUUCUAUAUAGAAUUUCAACUUUUUGUGACAAUAUCUGAAAGUAGAUUUUCUGUUAAAAAAUUCUGUUUUCUGACAGAAAGGCAAAACAUUUUGGCAGGAGAAAGGAGAAAAAGCACUUUCUCCCAACCAGGCUUCAUCAUAAUUUUAGAUAUGUCUGAUUUCCCGUGUUGUUCUUCUCCCAAGGAAACUUCAGAACUUCAGACCCUGGGAGGUUUUAGUGCACCAAUUGAUAGAAGACCAGCUCAGCCUGCCAGAAAGCCUAUAGACCCUUGGUGGCAGUUGUUGCUGAUAUACAUACAAGGGUCAUGGUGGGACACAGAAAAUAAAACAUGAAGGAGAAGAAGAAUAGCAAGUACAUGCUGAAGCAAAUGAUUGAGGGAUGAGGAAAGGAAGUGCAGAGGCAAGCUCAUAAAUGCAAAAGCAGGGGCAGGGAAUGGAGGGAUCAGCUCAGCUCGGGGAGGAAGUCUGGAGGAUCCUGCUGAUGUUUAUAUAUUGCUGGUCCAGUUCACUACCCGUAGGGGAUCUCACUCCAAAGCAAUAGCCUGGCUGUUUAAAAGACAGAGAUCACAAGAUAAAUGUUUGACAUUUAAAUAUGAACAGCUGGGACAGAAGGAGAUUUCUAAUCAUAGGAGAGAGAAGAAGAUAAUGACUGCAGAUAAAACUAAAUGCUAGCAGUCAUUCGUGCCAGUCACUAACACGAUAGAAAUAUUCUGAUCUUGAAGAAAUGGUGGAAGAAUGACUCCCCUUCGUGGGCUGUGUAGAUUUUAGGUUGUGUGUAUGGGGCUUUCUAACAGAACAACUUGCACUCGGGGUGGCACCAAGCUGAAGUCAGGGGGCCUCCCCAGCUGAGAUGUCUGGCCCGCCAGCGACUUUCUCUUCCCUUUAGAUGCCUCUUCUCCGUAUUUAAGAGGUGCUGUGCAGCAUCUGCCAAGCAGAGGUGUGCUCUGGAAAGGAAAGGUGAAAGCUGCUUUACUUCUUCUCCUGCGGGGUCAGGACGCAACACAGUUAAACCCUACCUGGCUGCAUGUGUUAAAAGGAGAUGGACAAGAGACUGAAGUGGGCAAUAAACAAUGCACUGAUCAGUUCAUGAAUUAUGGCAUAUUUCAGUGUUGAAGCUAUGUUUUAUAUUUAAUUAGGCAAUCAGAGAUUAUUUAUUGCUUAAAAAUGGAAUACUGUGUACCAUAUGCUAUGCAAUUUCACUGAACCGUAGCUGAACUGAAGGCUGCUGCAGUUUUCCUUAAGCUUUUAGGUGUGAUUUUUGAAAGUAUUUUGCUGUUGUUUUAGUUAGAAUACUAAUUUCACUAGGAUAUCUUUCUUGAAAUGCCAAAUGUAAGUUAAAGGGACACUGUCAAAUAUGUCAGGUCAAAAUAUGACAUUUCUGCUCAGAAGUACUUGAAUUAUCUCUACUCAGAAGUGUUUGACAGAGUUGCCUCGGGGCUUCCUCUCUGCAUCCUAGCUCUUAACAUUUUUGCAUCCUGUGGCAAAUAUGUUUAAGCUACGAUUUAUGUAAUUCUUAAAGUAAUUGGCUCUGUCCUGUUCAGUACGCGGGAGGGGAAUAAAAACACUGAGUUUUUUUUAUUUAGCCUUUGAGUCUUUAGAGUACCUUUUCCUCAGAUUUUCCUGCCCUGUGAGAGUAGUUUUAUGGUUUCUUUGCUUUCUGAAAGAGGACUAAGAUUGAGAGCCAGAGCCUGUACUUUAAAAACUAAAAGCAAAUACUUGCUUCUAAACAAGGAAGGGAGUAUUUAAGAAAAAGUUUCAAAAGAGGAAAUAUUUGAAAUGGUAAAGCACAACAAGCGAACAAGAGUCGGUGAAGAACUUGUCGUUGCCAACCGGCCUUUUUUUUGGUUGUCCCAAACCAUUUACUAACGGAGCGGCAGGAGCCCGACACGGGACUUACCCCAGGGACAGGUUCCUACCAGAACCGAUCUCGUUCAAGCGCCUUGUACCCCAGUUCAGAAAGAGCGUGUGCACGUGAGGUGUUCCAGUGACACUAAUAUAUCCGUUUACCUACGAGUGUUCAGGUGCUCUGUUGACCUGGGCCCUUUAUGAACUGACCAUCCCUGGCAGUGCGAAUAAGAGAAAUAUUUUAAAUUAAUCAUGACAUUAAUUUAAGAAGAUGUUACGUUCACGUGGCAGAGAGAGUAUAUGUUGUGGGCAGCACAAGCGACUGGGUGAUUUUUCCUGAGAGCUAGAAAAGUGGCGGGUAAUAAUUUUUGGUAUUCAGAGGUUUAUGCAAAGGAAAGAGCAUAGUUGCUUUGAGAAAAUGACAGUGUUCCUUUAAAUUUCUAUGAACGUUACUCCACAUCGGUUUAGGAAAAAAUCACUGGCAUGUAUUGCACGAGAGUUUACUGCAUUACAGAGUAGCAAAGCUGCAAAAGCCUGACUUUGCUCUCUCUUUUUUUUUUUUUAAUUUAAAUUGCACUAUAGUUUUAAUAAUGCUCAAUCAUAUAUAUCGUAACUUGUUCAGAAACAUCUCUUGGUCUUACUUGCCAAAGGAUUGCACAGCCUGUUCACAUCAAACUUCAUGUUCCAGAAGGGGGAAAAAGGAUUUAUGUAUGCCAAUGUUUGUACAGUUACAGGGAUGUAGAUGAUUGUGUACUGGGAUGUUUUUUGAUGGUUGUUUUCCUUUUUUAACCUCAGGAAUUAAAUAAAUAAAAAUCUGUAUCAUUAA